AUGGACGGAUUCGACCAGUCCCUCUUCACUUACUCCAUUGAGGCCCAAGAAGAUACGGCAAGCACUACUGCAGCCGAGACGAUCAGCAAUGCACCACUCACUGAGCCUGCCGGAGUACUUCCGCCAUUUGACUUCGCAAACGUGCCCGUCACAGGAGACCUGGGCGACCAUGUUCUCUCGGUGGAAGAGCUAAACUUUCUGGCGAACCAAGAUUCAAACGAGUUGGGUAGUUACCUUGACUACUUCAUCCCAGAGGAGAUGGUGCAGGAUAUCAACGGGUACCAGAGAACCUUCGUGAGCACCACCAUCCCAGAAGCCGAUCUCCACGCAUCAUUCAUUGGCUUCUUCGGGGAUAGCGACACUCUGCUGCUCUGUGGCACCAAGACCAACCUCCAGGGGGUGUGGACUGCGAUCGCAAAAAAUGGUCGAGCCAUGGAGAGAUGCGAUGGCGCGGACUUGGCGUUGAGGCUCUUACUUCAGUAUGGCGUCGUCGCGUGCGACCCGGCGAGCUGUCCUCACCAGCAUGUUGAGAUGAGCUCGACGCAAGUGGCGGCCAGAGCAGUUGCCGGACACUUUGCUACCAGCCAGAAGAGCAGGGCCGGCGCCUCGAAGAGCCAGCGAGGUGUCGUGCCCGCUCGCAAUGUGCGAACCUCGCAACAACAGCAGACGGCGCCUGUUCCAAUGGCCGGUAACCAGCAGAUACUGCCUGCUCCAAUGCCAGCGUCAAUGCCGACGGCAAUUUCACUCCCGAUGCCGGCCCAGACAGUAAUUGGUAGUCCUACCACAGCACCGACUCCUGCACCAGCUGUACCUCAGGGACCAUCUCAGCACGCCCUCGCAGGACAGCCAAGACCUGCCAACAUACCUGCUCCACUACCUAAGCCACGAAACACCAGUCACGCUGCAUGGGACAAUGCUCCUCUCUUCGCGGGUCUAACCAACGACGAGAUCCUGUCGGGGUACGUUCACCCGGAGGACAUACAAGGCACGCUCGCGAUCCAGAUCGCGACCAACUGUCAAAGUGGUCCCUUCAUCGACUGCGUCCAGGCUCUAUAUGUUCGUCUUGGCCUGAAGCCUCCGCAGAAGAGUGCCAUCACAAAGCGGUGGACGUUGGCGUUAGAAGCUCAGUGCGCUCGUGAUGGCAAGAACUUUGCUGCGGAGAGGGCUCGGAUCAAAAAUGCUAGGAGAAAUGGUCGAAGCACGGCAGCAGACCUGCUGCUGAUUACUGGAGCACCGCCGCCACCACCGCUUCCGCCGGCGUCUGCUCCAGUGCCGACUAAUGUCACUGCACAAGCAGCUUUGGCUGCCGGUGACCAUAGCGAUGCCGAUUUGGGUGACAUCAGCGAAUCCGUCGAUCAAGACGAGAAUGCACAAGGGGACACCACGGAAUUGCCGCCAUCCAAGGCUCUAAGAUCUCCACCGCACGAGGGCAUAGAGCGACUUCCUUCCUGCAGCUGUGGACAUGCAUUCGGCAAGCCGCACGACCCAGAUUGCGCAUCUUUGGCACCAGGACUUCCCGUGGUCAAGGACGGCGAGCUAGAGCAGAUUGCGAUCCAGUCGCGACCGGGCAAGCGCAAGCGAGGCGCUGGAGAUGGCGGGAAGAUGGACCUAUCUGAGGCGCUCAAUGAAGAGAUUGAUGGUGUGGCGAACGCAAAGCGCCGCAAGAAGCCUGCGGCAAAGAAUGAGAAGAAGGUCAAUGGCUGGGUGAUUUGA